ACCCUGUCCAGAAGAAUUUCAAAUCCAUAUUUGGAAACACCUUCAAACAAGAUAUACGGAGAAAGCUCUUCCUGUGCUGGGAGAGCUCUCAGGAAUAUUUUUACACUACAAGCUUCCGACCUGAUUAAGGACAGGGUAUGCCUUACUGGAAUAUGCAGGAGAAGCUGCAUUGGGUCGGAGCUGGUCGACUGGCUUCUGGAGCAAUGCCCUUUUGUUAAGUGCCGAUCGACAGCCGUGGGUGUGUGGCAGCUUCUGCUGGAUAUGGGAAUUGUGCUGUCAGUGGACAGACAACUGUAUUUUCAAGAUACCCAUGCUUUCUACCAGUUCUCAGCAGAUGAAUGUACCUACCUAUUCUGUGAAUUUGAGAGAGAUGAAGGAUGGAAGAAGGGUGUAAAGCUCCUACUUCAACUACUGCCAUUAUCUCCUCACAGAAUUGACAUGUGCAAUCUGCCUGAUCAAAAAAUAGAAGAUAGAGCAGAAACCAAUGCUGAAAUUCUCGCUCGCCUCACUUCUGCGGUACAGAGAGAACUGGCUGCUGUCAUUGCCUUGAAAGCAAGGAAGUCAGCAAUUCAUCAAAAUGAAGAAAACAGCAGUCAAGAAAUAGGAGGGCUAGAAGAGCUCAAGGAUACGUCUGAUACUCAGGCAGGAGUUUUGUGCAAGCUUCAGGAAAGAGAUGACAUCGGACGCAUUGAGCUAGUCCAGAAGCUGGCAAGAGAAAACUGUCAAUUUUUGCAGGCUGAUAGAAAACAACCGGAGAAGACAGAACAUCAGAAAACUGAAAUAGCAAAGCUAGUGGUCAAAAUCCAGGACACAUUAGUCCUGGAGCUUAAGAAGAGAUGAAGAUGUUGCAUUCCAGCAGAAAUACCAACAAGCUGUAAAAGCCACGUCCGAUACGUGGUGGUGUCCGGGACGCCCGAAAAGAUCCUGGAGCAUCUCCUCGGCGACCUGCACCUGGAGGCCGCCCAGGACAAAGAGACCGAAACUCUUCUGGAUGAUUUUCUUCUCACAUACACAGUCUUCAUGACGACCGAUGACUUGUGCCAGGCACUUCUGAGGCACUAUUGUGCUAAGAACCAGCAAGGUAAAGAAGAAGACUCUGAUGUAUCCUGUAGGAAACGAAAAGUCUUGCAUUUGGUGUCUCAAUGGACUUCCCUCUACAAGGACUGGUUACAUGAAGAUGAACAUUUAAAACAAUUUUUAAAGACAAUAUACAGAAAUGUGUUAGAUGAUGUGUAUGAAUAUCCCAUUCUUGAGAAGGAGCUGAAAGAAUUUCAGAAGAUACUUGGAAUGCAUCGUCGUCACACUGUGGAUGAAUAUUCACCUCACCGAAAGAAUAAAACAUUUUUCCAGCAAUUCAGUCUGAAAGAGAACUGGCUGCAGCACAGAGGAACCAUGAAUGAAACAGAAGAAAUUUUCUGCCGUGUGUAUAUCACAGAGCACUCUUACGUCAGCGUGAAAGCCCAAGUAUCCACUUCAGCUCAGGAGAUACUGAAGAUCGUGGCAGAAAAGAUCCAGUACAGUGAGGAGGAGCUGGCACUGGUUAUAGUCACCUUCUCUGGUGAAAAGCAUGAACUACAACCAAAUGACCUGGCUAUCUCAAAAUCUUUCGAGUCAUCCAGUCGUAUGUUUGUCUACCGAAAAGAUCUGACUGAUUCUUUGAACCCGUUUGCUGAAAACGAGGAAUUGCAGCAGAGAUCUGUGAGAAUUCUGGGAGUCAACACCUGGGAUCUUGCCUUGGAGUUAACAAACUUUGACUGGAGUCUCUUCAAUGCAAUUCAUGAGCAAGAGCUGAUAUACUUCACCUUCAGCAGACAGGGCAGUGCUGAAAACACUGAGAAUCUCAGUCUUCUGCUUCAGAGAUGCAAUGAAGUCCAGCUUUGGGUUGCCACCGAGAUCCUCCUCUGCAACCAGCUCUGCAAACGUGUACAGCUAGUGAAAAAGUUCAUCAAGAUUGCAGCUCACUGUAAAGCCCAAAGGAAUCUGAAUUCUUUCUUUGCCAUUGUUAUGGGUCUGAACACUGCGUCUAUCAGCCGACUGUCUCAAACCUGGGAGAAAAUUCCAGGGAAAUUCAAGAAACUUUUCAGUGAGCUGGAGAGUUUAACAGAUCCUUCUCUGAAUCACAAAGCCUACAGAGAUGCAUUCAAGAAAAUGAAAUCUCCAAAAAUUCCUUUCAUGCCCUUACUUCUGAAAGAUGUUACAUUCAUCCAUGAAGGAAAUAAAACUUUUCUGGAUAACCUUGUUAACUUUGAAAAGCUGCAUAUGAUUGCAGAUACCGUUCGAUCAUUGAGACACUGCAGAAAUAACCAGUUUGGCAAUGAAGUUCCUUCAAAAGAGCAUCAUGAGCUGAAGCCAUACGUCCAUCACCUGCAUGUCAUCGACAACCAGCAAGCUCUGUUUGAGCUCUCCCACCGGAUAGAGCCGCGAGCGUGAGCGUACGCAGCUUCAUUUAAUCUUGUAACUGCAGCACUUUGAAUCCUGUGAAUGUUUAUGCUAAGCAUGUUGCUUCCCUAUAUACGAAGAGUUUACUGAGUUUUAUCAGUAGCUCCUGUGGCACACAGAGGAAAACUGAUCAGAGCAAGAAAAGGAGCUC